AUGGCCACUACAGAACCGUCUCCAGCUCCUGGCUCCAAUCGUCCUCCUCGAACACGAACUCGUCGCACAAGACGGGGUGGCCAUCGGAACAAUGGACCUGCACCAGCAGAUGCAAACACAAAUGCUACUCCAAAUUCAACGGCACAAGUACCAAAUGGUCCUUUAGCUCUCAGACCGGCCUCUGUGGCACCACUGCCAGAUUCGAAUUCUCCAGCCCCGUCGAACCCGCGAAAUUCGAACGCAAACAAUCGAGGAGGCGGCAAUGGUAGGAGAGGUGGAUUUGGACGAGGAGGUCGAAGAGGGGGUGGUCGCGGACAGCCCAUGGCCAAUGGAAGAGUGUUUGGAGGGCAACUUACCUCAAACUCGCAUACUAGUCCUACAUCUGACGCUGGUUCUCUUGCUGGAGAUGCUCCAGCAUUUACACCUGGACAUCCUAUUGCCACCCGACCUGGACCCUCUCGAGCUCCGCGCGCACGUCGAAUGUCGAAAUCGCAAGCUGCAGAUCUUGCCACUCGAACACACGAAGAUAUCACAAAUGGACAAUAUGAAUGCGCAAUUUGUACCAACGAAGUUCUACCAAAUUCAAAGAUAUGGAACUGUAAAAGUUGUUGGUCGGUUCUCCAUUUAUCAUGUGUCAAAAAAUGGUCGAAGAACGAAGUAUCUACACAUCAACAACGAGCAGUUGAAAAUGGAGAAUUGCCACCACCGAGACAAUGGAGAUGUCCCGGUUGUAACUUGCCCAAAGAAGACUUGCCAAUAUCGUAUACUUGUUGGUGUGAGAAGGAGAUUGAACCACGAUCAGUAGCUGGGCUACCACCACAUUCUUGUGGGCAGAGUUGUUCAAAAAAGCGGAUCGGACACUGUCCUCAUCCAUGUGAUCUUAUGUGCCAUGCUGGACCGUGUCCACUUUGCACUCACAUGGGGCCUUCACUUCCUUGCUUUUGUGGCAAAGAGACGGUUUCAAGAAGAUGUUUAGAUACGAAGUACGAAAGCGGAUGGGCUUGUGGGCAAGUCUGCGAUGAUGUACUUCCCUGCGGAGAACACAAUUGUGAGCGGAGUUGUCAUGAGGGCCUUUGUGGGCAAGUUGUGAGGUUCCAUUAUAGAAUCAACAUGCUAUUGUUGGGCAAAAGUCGAAAAAACUACUACCUUGCUCGGAACGCGAUGAAGACGCGUGAAAGUCAAAUCACCAACCAGUACGCUCGGAUGGGUGAAAUGUUGGCCAUGAGGACAAUGGAUUGGAUCUUUUGA